UCGGAAGUGACGUUUGUCCCGGCUCCGCCCCUCGCUCUUUCUCUCUGGCGUGGCGGCCAUGCUACAGCUGCUAUAGCCGGAACCUCUCCCGCCUGAUCCCGCCGCAACCAUGCCGGCCUACUUCCAGCGCCCCGAGAAUGCCCUGAAGAGGGCGAACGAGUUUCUUGAGGUCGGUAAGAAGCAGCCGGCUCUAGACGUUUUAUACGACGUGAUAAAGAGCAAGAAGCACCGAACAUGGCAGAAAAUCCACGAGCCCAUAAUGCUCAAGUACCUGGAGCUGUGCGUGGACCUGCGCAAGAGCCACCUGGCCAAGGAAGGACUGUACCAGUACAAGAACAUCUGCCAGCAGGUUAACAUCAAGUCUCUGGAAGAUGUGGUCCGGGCCUACCUGAAGCUGGCCGAGGAGAGGACGGAGGCCGCCAAGGAGUCGUCACAGCAGAUGGUUCUGGAUAUUGAAGACUUGGACAACAUCCAGACCCCAGAGAGUGUUCUUCUGAGCGCCGUGAGCGGAGAAGACACACAGGACCGUACUGACCGCCUGCUGCUGACGCCAUGGGUGAAAUUCUGGGAAUCCUACAGACAGUGCCUGGACCUGCUGAGAAAUAACUCCAAGGUGGAGCGUUUGUAUCAUGACAUCGCUCAAGCAAGGUGGGUGCCGGGGGCCGGUUGGGGGUUGGCGCUGUGUGGAUGGCCGCCCGUGCUGACCUUUUGCCUCUUUAUUUCUUCAGCUUUCAAGUUCUGCCUGCAGUACACCAGGAAGGCCGAGUUCAGGAAGCUGUGCGACAACCUGAGGAUGCACCUGGGGCAGAUCCAGCGACACCACAACCAGAGCACGGCCAUUAACCUGAACAACCCCGAGAGUCAGUCCAUGCACCUGGAGACCCGGCUGGUCCAGCUGGACAGCGCCAUCAGCAUGGAACUCUGGCAGGAGGCCUUUAAAGCAGUCGAGGAUAUCCACGGACUCUUCGCCUUGUCCAAAAAGCCACCGAAGCCCCAGCUGAUGGCGAAUUACUACAACAAGGUGUCCACCGUCUUCUGGAAGUCUGGAAACGCGCUCUUCCAUGCCUCCACCCUGCACCGGCUCUUCCAUCUCUCCCGGGAGAUGAGGAAGAACCUGACCCCGGAGGAGAUGCAGAGAGCGGCCGAAAGAAUUAACAGAACAAUCCUAGUUCGAUUCAACGUUCUCCAGCAUGUGGUCCCGGAGGUGAAGGAGCUCUACAACUGGCUGGAAGUGGAUUUCCACCCUCUGAAGCUUUCUGCCCGAGUCACCAAGAUUUUGGACUGGGUAAAAGAGCAAGCGGAGAAGGAGCCCGAGCUUCAGCAGUACGUGCUGCAGCUUCAGAACAACACCAUCCUGCGCCUACUGCAACAGGUGGCUCAGAUCUAUCAGAGCAUUGAGUUCUCGCGCCUCACAUCUCUCGUGCCUUUUGUCGAUGCGUUUAUGCUGGAGAGAGCCAUCGUGGAUGCCGCCCGUCACUGCGACCUGCAGGUCCGUAUAGAUCAUUCCUCCAGAACCCUCAGCUUCGGCUCUGAUCUGAAUUACUCUACGCGGGAGGACGCUCCAUUAGGUCCCUUCCUGCAGAACAUGCCCUCGGAGCACAUCCGGAACCAGCUGACCGCCAUGUCUACUGUCCUGUCCAAGGCCGUGGCCACCAUUAAACCGGCUCAUAUCCUGCAAGAGAAGGAAGAGCAGCAGCAGCUCGCCAUCACUGCCUUCCUGAAGAACUCCAGGAAAGAACACCAGCGCAUCCUGGCCCGACGUCAGACCAUCGAAGAGCGGAAGGAGCGGCUGGAAAACCUAAAUAUCCAGAGAGAGAAGGAAGAGCUUGAGCAGCGCGAAGCAGAACUCCAGAAAGUACGGAAGGCGGAAGAGGAACGUCUGCGUCUGGAGGCCAAGGAGCGAGAGAAGGAACGCAUCCUGCAAGAACACGAGCAGAUCAAGAAGAAGACCGUGCGAGAGAGACUGGAGCAGAUCAGGAAGACAGAGCUGGGGGCCAAAGCCUUCAAGGACAUUGACAUUGAGAACCUGGAGGAGCUGGAUCCAGACUUCAUCAUGGCCAAACAGGUGGAGCAGCUGGAGAAGGAGAAGAAGGAGCUUCAGGAGCGUCUGAAGAAUCAGGAGAAGAAGAUUGACCAUUUCGAGAGAGCCAAACGCCUGGAGGAGAUCCCCCUGAUAAAGAAAGCCUAUGAGGAGCAGACGAUCAUGGACAUGGAGCUGUGGGAGCAGCAGGAGGCUGAGCGGAUCAGCACGCUGCUCUUGGAGCGGGAGAAAGCCGUGGAGCAUAAGAACAGGAUGUCCAGGAUGCUGGAAGAUCGAGACUCCUUCGUCUCCAAGCUGAAAUCCGCCCGCCGCUCUGUCUACGAGGAAAAAUUGAAGCAGUUCCAGGAGAGACUAGAAGAGGAGAGGAAGGCUCGCGUGGAAGAACGUAAGAGGCAGCGCAAGGAGGAAAGGCGCAUUGCUUACUACAGACAUAAGGAGGAAGAGGAGCAGAGGAUACAGGAAGAAGCGCAGAAGAAAGAGCGAGAAGAGCGAGAGCGGAUUGAGAAUGAGAAGCGAGAAGCUGAGGAGCGAGAAUACCAGGAACGCGUUAGGAAGCUUGAAGAGCAGGAGCGCAAGAAACGCCAAAGAGAACUGGAGAUAGAAGAGCGAGAGCGGCGGCGAGAUGAGGAGCGGCGAGGAGGCGGUGACGAUUCUUUUAGAAAGGAUUCCUCUCGCUGGGCCGAUAAAGAGCCGCCAGAGAGCAGCUGGAGGCGUGGAGGAGAAGAUGAUCGCAGUAAACCACCGGAAAAGGAAUGGCGCAGAGGACAGGACCCUGAAAAACCAGCAAAACCUGAGGUUGAAAGCAAGUCUCCCAAAGAUGACUUUAAGAAGGAUUUGGAAGGAGGUGCGGAUGAGGUUAAAGGUCAUUUUGAGGAGGAUCGUCCACCUCGCCGCGGGCCAGCUGAAGACAGACCACCAAGCAGGGAUGUGGAAGACGACAAGGUGUCAUGGAGAGGUGCAGAGGAGGAUCGUGGUCCUAAGAGAGGCUUUGAUGAUGCUCCAAAAAGAGGCUUUGAUGAUGCUCCUAGAAGAGGCUUCGAUGAUGCUCCAAAAAGAGGCUUCGAUGAUGCUCCUAGAAGAGGCUUUGAUGAUGCGCCUAGAAGAGGCUUUGAUGAUGCUCCAAAAAGAGGCUUCGAUGAUGCUCCUAGAAGAGGCUUCGAUGAUGCUCCAAAAAGAGGCUUCGAUGAUGCUCCAAAAAGAGGCUUCGAUGAUGCUCCUAGAAGAGGCUUCGAUGAUGCUCCUAGAAGAGGCUUUGAUGAUGCUCCUAGAAGAGGCUUUGAUGAUGCUCCUAGAAGAGGCUUUGAUGAUGCUCCUAGAAGAGGCUUUGAUGAUGCUCCUAGAAGAGGCUUUGAUGAUGCUCCUAGAAGAGGCUUUGAUGAUGCUCCUAGAAGAGGCUUUGAUGAUGCUCCUAAAAGAGGCUUCGAUGAUGACCGAGGCCCCCGGAGAGGCUUUGAUGAUGGCCCCCGAAGAGGCUUUGAUGAUGGCCCCCGAAGAGGCUUUGAUGAUGGCCCCCGAAGAGGCUUCGAUGAUCGAGGUCCCCGGAGAGGCUUUGACGAGGAUCGUGGUCCCCGGAGAGGUUUUGAUGAUGACCGCACUCCCAAAAGGGGCAUUGACGAUGGCCCUCGCCGUGGUUUUGAGGAUGAUCGGGCCCCACGAAGGGGCUUUGAUGAUGAUCGGACACCACGUAGAGCUUUGGAUGAAGAACGUAGUUCAUGGAGAAGUGCUGAAGAUGGAGGUCCCAGGAGAGGGGUAGAUGAGGAUAGAGCUCCCAGGAGAGGGGGAGAUGAUGACAGGGGUCCCAGAAGAGGUGGAGAUGAAGAUGAUGGCCCAUCGGCCUGGAAACCUGUUGGGUCAACACGCCCAGGAGGUUGGCGUGAGCGUGAGAAAGCUCGGGAAGACAGCUGGGGACCUCCUCGGGAGUCCAAGCCUUCAGAAGAUCGCGAAUGGUCCAGGGGCGCAAGAGAACCAGAUCCUGAACCGGAGAAGCGGCCGGCUGUCGUCCGAGAGGAGACAUCGGCCUGGAGGCGCGGAGGAGAACCUGCUCUCCCAGCUAGGAAAGUGUCGCCCGACGACGAUGCAGACAAAAAGGAAGUGAGGACUCCUGUAAAAACAGAACGGGAGGAACCAAGUCCGUGGCGAAGAGGUGAAGAUAAAGAGGAACGAGGCACUCCCCGGCGAGCGGCACCCCCUGCUGUAGACAAGGAGAAGAGCGCAUGGCGCACAGAAAAGAAAGACGACAAAGAUAAAGACAUGCCUCGCCGUACCAAGUUAGAGACCGACGAGGAAGGGUGGACGACCGUACGCCGCUAGGAUCGACCGCACACGACUUACUAUAACAACGUGGGACCUUGGUGCAUUGUGGCCCUUCAGCGAUUGCACAAAAGCAGAGACAAAAACAAUCACCCGGGGGAGGGUAGGGUGGGGGGGAGGGGGACUCCGUGUCCCGAGGCUUCCAGCAUCCCAGAUCAUCGUCAUUUUAUUGGAAUAUAUGACACCUGGCGGUCGUGCGCUCUGCUUCUCCAUGUAUCCACAAGAUGGUGAAGUCCUCGCGUGAUCUCCGGUGUGAGGGAAGUUUAAAGUCAGAUUUUUUUAGCUUUUUUUUUUUUUUUCUUCUUU